AUGAUGCCCAUGUCCCUGCCCGUGCCCGCGACCCCGCCCUUCCCGGUGCACCCCUCCGCAUCCACCUCCAGCUCCACCGUCUCCCGCCGCCCGCUGUCGCCCUCCUCCCUCCGCGACGUCGACCCGCCCUCGCCGUCCCGCCCGCCCCCGUCUGCGCCCCGCGGCUACCCCGCCCCGCCCACCGGUCACGAGCUGAUGGCGCUCUUCCCCGCGCCCCCGCCCGCCGGCGCCCCCGAGCUCCGCGCCGGCCCGACCAGCGGCUACUUCGCCCGCCAGGAGCGCGCCUUCUUUGCACAAGCCGGCAGCGGCCGCGAGCUCGUCCGCGUCAGGCUCGACAUCGACAUGCCCCACCACAAGAGCCGCCGGCCCAGCCCUGGGGUGCCCAGUUUACCCACGCCGAAGCCGUGGAUGGCGAACGGGCAGCCGACGCCUGUUCCCGCCCCGCUGUACAUACCCAGCAAGGCGCCAACGACACCGCCGAUGCAACAGCAGCAGCAGAGGGCGCGCUCGGCCUCGAGCGCGACGACGACGCCGCCCACGCCCACCGACGAGCCCGACCACGAGAACAAGGACGACGACGACCGCGACGACACGUGGCGUAGGCCGAUGCCGUACAACGAGCGGCGGCGCGCGGGGAAGCAUACGCGCCGCGUCGUCGUGCGGUAG